UUCGUUUCUAAACGUUGAUUUAAAUGGAUAUAGUGGAAUUAUCUGAUGCGUUGGGUAAUCUUACCACUUUUUCUGGAGACGCUCCAAAGCAGCAUCCAGCGCCCACGUUAAGCUGGGUUAAUGUGGCUGUUGCUUCGUCCUUCAUAUUAGUCAACUGUUUGAUUUCAUUUGCGUUGGGAUUGCAGUUGGAGAAAACACUUGUGAUUGCAGCCAUUCGUUGUCUAGUACAACUGACCCUUAUGGGUUUCAUUUUAGAAGAUGUCUUCAAUACUCGGCACCCAGCCCUUGUUCUUUUGAUGACUUUUGUUUUAAUUAUUCUAGGAGCUUAUGAAACAGUUUACAACAAGUCAAAACAAACAUAUAAAGGCAUGUUCAUAUCAGUGCUAAUAUCAUCUGGAGUUGCAACAACUGUCAUUGGUAUUAUAGGUACACGAUAUGCUAUGAAGCAAGUGCCCUUCUGGAUACCUGAAAUCUUCAUACCUACCAUGGGUAUGCUUUUAGGCAAUGCCAUGAGUGGCAUGGCCGUCGCACUAAGUAGUUGCUUAUCAAGCGUUAGCAACCGAAAAGAACAAAUAGAGACAUAUUUAGCAUUUGGUGCAAGCCGCUGGGAAGCGGGUCAGUCUAUUGCCAUUGAGGCGGUUCGUAUGUCUAUGCUCCCAACCAUCAAUCAAAUGUCAGUUAUCGGCUUAAUUGCAAUCCCCGGUAUGAUGACAGGUCAAAUUCUUGGUGGUGCACCCGUUAGUAAUGCCGUGAAAUAUCAGCAAAUUAUUAUGUUUCUGAUAUCAGCAAGUACAGCUUUAGGUGUAUUAAGUUGUGUUGUUUCAUGUAUUCGAGUAGUCAUUGACAGUAAGCACAGACUACGUCCAGAAAAAAUUAUUAGUGGUAGAGCAAGCCUUCUCAAAGAUAUCAAACAGGCUUUGAUUGACACUUGGAAUUUCAUCUGCUGUAUGAAGAUCAAAAGAAAGAAGGCAGAUACGCUUGCUUCUGAUGAAGAUGACAACGAAAAUGAAAGUCAAAGGGAGCCUCUUCUUGGAGACUGAACCGAACACAACGAUUAACCACUAUUCCCUUAUUAUUGUAAGCUAAACUAUAUAUAGAUAUAUAACUGUUUUCUUUAUGUAUUAUACACACUUUGUCCUAUUUAUUAUUCUUUUUACGUAACAGUUUCGAACAUGAAUUUAUUGAUCCGGAAGGACUGAAUCUGACAACGGGAAAAGGAUCAAAAAAUUUUUGGCUCAAAAGUGUAAACACAUUGUUAAAUCGAAAG